GAACACACUAUAGUCGCCCUGUUCAGCGUUUAUUCGUGCCGACUGCCUCCCAGGUGAUAGAAACAGUGCAUGUGAGUGUAGUACUUGUGCUUGUUUCGAAAAGGAAUGAGACAACGACGAGCGAAACGAGCGCGUGUGGUCCGGCGUGUCCCGGACCCACGCGUCGACCCCGACCCGUACGAUUCCCCACCGGAUGACGAUGACCGGACGGAAAGCAACGAAGUCCGCCAAGGCCGUCGGACUGCUCGUAGUGUACUCGCUCGCUUAUCCCGCGACGAACGACUGGUAAAUACGGAUGCGGAGGAAGGAGCGGCACUCCUAGAUUUGCCCAGUGACGAGGAAUUUGCCUUGUUGGCUCCGUUUUGUUGCGCCGUCUGUCGCUGUUCCCGUGCCCGCCAAGCGCGCAUUCCGGCCGACUGGCUCUGGUUCGAACCGCACGAAGGGACCUUGUGGCACCGACGCUGCUGUCACGGACAUUACGGCGAGGAAACCAACGAGCACUGGACGGUGCCGUACCUGUCGGUGUAUCACGCCAAGACGGAUUUGGUCGAGGCGGCCCUCCAACGCGAAGAAGUCCUGGGGGAUGCCAAUCCUACGGAAGACCCGCAGCAAUCCUCUAGCGGAACAGACUUGGAAUGGAUCACGGAACGAGAACUCUUCCGACAGUAUGAAGUUUCCAAAAGUCAAGAAGCACAGCUCUAUAACGAUGACAGCGAAGCACAUUCCGUCAGCAUCCUCCAUACGCACCCCGACUAUAUUCAGGGAAUCGUCCAGCCAUUCCGGACUUUAGUGUUGCAGCGCCAACAAGAUCCUUCACUGAAACACGGGUUGACCGUACUCGAUAUGUUUGCCGGUAUUGGAACCGCCACAGUCUGUCUCAAGCGAUUGGGUCUACAGAUUUCCAAAAUUGUUCGCGUAGAACACGACCACAUCUCCACCCACGUGUACCAAGAAAAUCACGAUUGUUCCUACAAUCCAACACUGGCUGAUCAUGGAGACAUCAAGCAUGUUUAUUGUCAAAAAUUCGAAGACUUUAGAGAUAACCUGGAGCAUAUGGCCGAAACACACGGUCCGUUUGAUCUCGUGAUUGGCGGCCCGCCGUGCGUGGAUUACAGUGCGGUGAACGCCCGCCGACAAGGCGCCGAAGGAGUACAGGGUCGCUAUACAAUUGAAUUCGGACACCUUAUUCGUAAACUCGAGCGCUUACAGAAUCCCCAUCCUCUCUUCUACUUGGUGGAAAACGUUUUCUUACGCGGCGACGAUUUGGCCAAAGUCCGUGACGCCUUUGGGAUUGAUUGGGAUCCUGUCGUCUUGGACAGUUUGUAUCUUUCCCCAUGCAGGCGCAAGCGCCAUUUCAUUACUAACAUCCCACUCACUGAAAUUGAUUUUCAAGCCGAGGCCAGCUAUUCCUCCCCCCGCAGCUGUUUGGAGGAAGGUUUCUCGUUGCCAGCCCACAUUGUGGAUGGUGAAACAACCGCCAAGGCAUCCUGUUUCAUGGCUAGUAGCACACGUAUCGACGAACGUCAAAGCCUACGCAUGUACGUUUUUAAAGAACCGAAAAAUGACAAUGGUAGGAGUAGCGAUCGCACUAUCGAAGAGGGACGACGUUACCACGGGCGACCCAUGUCCGUCGGUGAGCGGGAGGCAAUGAUGGGUUACCCACGAGGCUACGUCGAACACGCGGUCCGUACACUAUUUUCAACGCUCACAGAAGACGGUUUGAGCAAACUCUUUAUCGGUCAAAGUUGGAGAGAGUCGUUGGAUACCAAAUUGCACCACUUUGCCGGAAAUUACCACGCCAUACCGGAGGGGACCGCGUACCGCUUUGCGGAACCCAAGUCUGGUUUUGAAGAGCACAUUUUGAAAAUGACUCCGCCGCAAACGGGCACGGGUCCAGAAUUUUUCGACGCUCAGGAAUACUCCAAACAUUUGAUCGGGUUGGCGUUCUCGGUACCGGUUGUAGAACAUUUGUUAGGUCCCUUGCGUGAUCUGUUCGAGUGUCGAGAGUACGAGGGAUAUACAGACGUCCCGUACGAAUGGGAGACUGAUUGCGGUCCUCUGAGGACGACGGGGAAUACUACGAAUGGCUAUAGUUUGGACAAGAAUGCACUGGCUCGGGACUCUCCCACAGCAAUUCCCGAUCCGGUCUGUUCCGGAGGAGACCACGUUUAUCCAGACCAGUCCGGGUCGUACCACGAGGACUGA